AAGCAAGAGGAGAAAAAGGGAGCAUUGAACCACAGCUGAGUGUGUAGAGGACGAAGACGAACCAGGAGGAGGAGGAGGAGGAGAUGUUUACCUGAAGACCAGGCAGGAGAGACAGGAGGAGAGUCUGACAAAACAGGGCUGUCACUGAGGGAUGGACAAGGAGACAGCAGGAGGACACACUCAUCCACAGGAGCUGAAGACUGAGAGGUGAAGGACAAAGGUACCAGGGAGAGGAGGAGAAAGAGGACGGAGACGCAGAGCUCCACACACGCAGCCUGAGAGAGUGACGCAUCCACCUUGCAAACAGCUUCCUCCAUCUUACGUCUCCUCCAUCUUUUCAGCCAUCGUUCUCCCCGCUGGUGUUCUACCUUUUCUUCGAAGCAAAAGACUGAGCUGCUCUGUUUCCUAGAGCAACAUCCGUGAACACAAGGCUGGGAGAGGACCAGAAAAAGGAGCAGACAGUCGGACGAACCAUAAGAAUCGAGAGAUUACCAGUUGGAUCCACUGAAAAAAGGUAGAGACGAGGACGUCAACAUCCUCCAGACUCUUAUCACUGCUGCUGCUCAGUCGGGUGGAGUUUUUAAAAUUCAGAAGGGAAAUGAACUACUCCCACUUGUGAGGAAUUUGGGAGUCUUGGAACUCCAAAGGAGCCAUUCCAACACUUUUGUGGAGCUUUUAUAGGAACGCCGUCUCCACCACCUCCUUAUCAAUGAACCACUGAAGGGGUCACACAGGGUCAAUCGGACCGACUGGACUAAGUGCAGAGACACAGAGAUUAUUCUUUCUUUCUUUCCUUCACUCUCACGCUUCUCGUCACACCCACGGCCAAAUACAGGAAGCUGAGGGUGUGUUUAAUUUUGUCACACGUUAAGAGGCUUCAUUGAGAGGCUGCAGGUUUUUGCUGGUGGUCCACAAGAUCCACUUUAAGACAAGACUUUUUGAAUUCUCCUGACUGACCUGAACUCAGCUCCGGUACUGAGCUCCAGACGGUGGUGCUCUGGCUGAGCUCCUGUAUCCAACUUCUCCUCACAAAGACUCAGGCUGAGUGUAGUGUCCACCAGGGGGGGCUGUCUGAGGGAAAACAUGGAGGCAACCAUCCGUCCCCAUGUCCCUUCUAAUGGCUGACUUCAGAGAGGACGCUCCAUCUGUUUUGACUUGUGCAGAACCAGGCAGGGGCAACUAAAGCUGAUCAGAGCCGCGGCCCUUCUCUCCUCACCCUCCCGAAACGCACGGAUGUCCUGUCUCAGGCGUCAGCCCGUCACCAUCCCCAUGGACACCGUCAAGAUCAUCCAGUCGGAGAAGUUCCCCAGAGAGUGCCCAGUGCCCGUCACCCAGCCACGCUAUGCUCCCCCUCCCAGGGUGGCGUGGGACGGCGGAGGUGAGGGCGAAAUCAUUGUCAACCAGGCCUGCAGCGACCUGACGCUGGACAUAGGAGGGUCACCUCGUCAAAUGGUGGCCCCACCGCCGCCCCCUGUGAUGCGCAGAGAGCAGAGCUUCCUGGCUCAGCGCAAAACGAGUGCCAACGAAAUCUGCUACCACCAGUUCCAGUACAAGAUGGAAGACGUGAUAGUCAACCAGUACGUGCUGCGCUCCUCCUCCACCUCUUCAUCCACUUCCUCUUCCUCCUCAUCCCCAGGACCCGUCAUGCCCUGCGAGCCCUUGGACUGCCCCACCUGCGGGCACACCUACAACUUUGCCGGCAAGCGUCCCCGCAUCCUGUCCUGCCUGCACUCGGUGUGCGAGGAGUGCCUGCAGAUCCUCUAUGAGUCCUGUCCCAAGUACAAGUUCAUCUCCUGCCCCACCUGCCGGCGCGAGACGGUGCUGUUCACUGACUAUGGUUUGGCCGCUCUGGCCAUCAACACCAGCAUCCUCAGCCGCCUGCCCUCUGACCCCAACGGGCCCGUGCAGUGGGGCGGAGACGCCGACCGCAGCUGCUACCAGACUGUGCGCCAGUACUGCCAGUCAGCCUGCACCUGCCACAUCGCCAACCCUCUGACCUCCUGUGGCAUCAUGUAGACAGAGGACGCAGGCUGCAGGAAGAACUCCAGGUCGGCCCUUCACCGCCACUCUACGUCUAUAAGCUCGAUCCUCUCUGCCAGGACCCCCCCUCCCACGGUAAAUAACCCCCACCCACAGAUGUUAUCUUAUAUAUAUUUAAUAGCACAGAGAGAUGCUGUGUGGGACUGGUGAAUGCUGGUGGUUCAAUAAAUAGUAGAUAUGUGUAUUUUAUGUAUGAACUGGAUCCUAUUCACCCUUCUCUUGUUUGGUUGGAUGUGUUUGUCAUUGACAUCUCUUUACAUGGGAAUGCCAGGGGCGGUGCGUCCCCCCAACCUAGGUGAAUAAAGAUUAAAUCAAAA